GAUGUAGGGAACGUGGCGAAGGCUUUGCCCGCGAGUGCCGGGUGGUUCCCGCAGCGUGGAUCCCGGCAGCCCCCCCGGCACGGCGAGGACGGGGAGCCCGUCCAGCGGGAAAUCCAAGCCUGGCAUUAUUUUAGGGAGAGACAGAGUUAAAGUUGGCAAAGGAGGGUUUGCUCAUGGCACGUGGUUCCAUGUCAGCCGCGGUGCGCAGCCUGCAGAGGCAACGCAGGGAACGCGCCGGAGGAAUUCACCAUGAGGGAAAAGAGUCGCUGCUCACAGAGAAAUUAGAGUUUGCGUUCGGGGAGCCAAGCUGAUCCCACCCAGCAGCGCCGGCGAGCGCGCCAGCGGCUGACCAUGUUCAACGGCGAUGCCAGCUCCUCGGCGGCCAGGAAUGUCGUCCGCAGCUCCAGCAUCAGCGGCGAGAUGUACAACAUCGAGAAGAGCGCGCGGGGCAGCGCCGACUCCGUCACCAUCACCGCCAGCAAGAAGAGACGCUCCAGCCUGGGCGCGAAGAUGGUGGCCAUCGUGGGGCUGUCCCAGUGGAGCAAGAGCACGCUGCAGCUCAACCAGACCGAGGGCGGCCCCAAAAAGCUGCGCAGCAACAUUCGGAGGAGCACGGAGACCGGCAUCGCGGUGGAGAUGAGGACCAGGGUCACCCGGCAGGGCAGCCGGGAGUCCACGGACGGCAGCACCAACAGCAACAGCUCCGACGGGACGUUCAUCUUCCCCACGACCCGGUUGGGCGCCGAGAGCCAGUUCAGCGAUUUCCUCGACGGGCUGGGGCCGGGGCAGCUGGUGGGACGGCAAACGCUGGCCACCCCGCCGAUGGGUGAUGUCCACGUCGGCGUGGCUGACCGCAACGGGCAGCUGGAGGUGGAGGUGAUCCAGGCGAGGGGACUUAUCCCAAAGAUGGGCUCCAAGUGCAUCCCUGCCACCUACGUGAAAGUUUACCUGCUGGAGAACGGCGUCUGCCUGGCCAAAAAGAAGACCAAGGUGGUGAAGAAAACCUGCGACCCAUCGUAUCAGCAGCCCCUGCUCUUCGAGGAGAGCCCUCAGGGCAAAGUCCUGCAGGUGAUCGUCUGGGGAGAUUACGGGCGCAUGGACCACAAGUGCUUCAUGGGGAUGGCCCAGAUCGUCUUGGAAGAGCUCGAUCUCUCCACCGCGGUCAUGGGCUGGUACAAACUCUUCCCCACCUCCUCGCUGGCCGAUUCCAGCAUCGGACCUCUGACGCGCCGCCUCUCCCAGUCCUCCCUGGAGAGCUCCACCAGCCCCUCCUGCCCAUAGGCAGCGGCUGGGAGGAGGCUGGGAGGAGAAAGGAGACGUCCUGACCUACCAAAACUGUUAGUGGAUGCCUGUAAAUACCCUCUCCUUCUUUAUUUUUUUUUCUCCCUUUUGUUUUCUUUUUUACAACCUCCUUCCUCAACGCCCCCUGCUCUCCACACGCUCCUCCCCGAGCACGCGUCCCGGUGCGCAGAGGGGGACGUUGGAGAGGGAGUGAGGGCCGUGUGUUUUGAGGUAGGGGGAAGGAGAAGCAAAAAAUCCCCACCCCUCCGUGAGGCAGACGGGGCCCACGGCUGCCGAGCGAUCCUGAGACUGUUACCCACGCGUCAUCCCGGUGGGAAAGACCCGCGGCGCCGCGUCUCUCCUGCCCGAGAGAGCAUCUCGGUCCAAUUCAUUCAGCGCCGCUGCGAGCAGCACGGUGAUGAGGUUUCUUUUCCUUGGGUUUCGUUUCCUUGCCUCUGAGGAAAAGGGAGCUUCGCAAAGAGGAAAAAACUCAGAAAAACAGUCCAACUCAGCACUAUUUUCUUUUCCAAGGAAUGUAGCAUCUUCUCUUAUGUAGCUUGCCACGUGCGAACACCACUCACUCUCUGCAAUAUCGAAGAGACUCCGGAUUGACCAGAAACAUCUGCCAGUCCCUUCCCGUUUGUUCGUGUCCCGACACUGAUCCCGCCACACUGAGCAAGCACUUCUGGUGGCCGUUUCUCUUCUUUAUUUACCGUUUUUUGUGUCGGUAGCAUGUAGCCUGCGACCAGUGACAUUGCCAAAGUGCGAGAGGGCAGGAAAAGGUGCACUCACCUCACCCAAGCGUACGCUGGUCUUAUCCUCGUGUUUCACCGCCGACCGUGGUCUUGUGUGGCCAAAGCAAGACCCAAAAGAUAAACUCUGUGAUGCCUCACGUUAAAAUUCAAGUCAGGAGAAGGUGAACCAAUGGAGCAGGAGUGCCGUGAUGCUGGCUGAUCAUCUGGCUUCCACCCCUUUCUCCAGCAAGGGCCAGGAUGCUCUCCUUCGGUCCGGGAUGCUCUCCCUGCAUCCAGGAUGCUCUUCCUGGGUCCGGGGUGCUCUUCCCAGGUCUGGGAUGCUCUACCUGCGCCUGGGAUGCUCUCCUCGAACACCCAAAUCCCCAGCAGGAGCAGAGGGUUCGCCAGACCCCAUGGCAGGACGCACCUUUCUCUGACUCUCAACUUGUUGGUACGCUACAGGGGAACAUCUCAACAGCAUCUUCUGCUGAUCUGGAAUUAGGGUGACUGAGAGGUUACGAACAAAGGACUAGACGCUUUGAAUUUAUUAUCAAGAUGAGUGUUUUGGGUUUUUUGUUUGUAUGUUUUGUUUGUUCAUUUUUAAAGCAGCAUUUUGGUUCCCCUAGAGGGACCAGUUCUUGUAGCAAAACCGAGAAUUACGGAAGCUUUUUUUGAAGGUGCCUAAUGAAAUUUGCUGAAAAUACUCAGGGGAGACACCACUAGAAACUCUGGUUUCUUCGUAAAAUAUACCGAACACAAUGACUGUCCUGAAGGAUCAGGUCCUGAAAGAGGAAAAAAAAAACCCAACACAUCAAAAGCUGAGCAGUCUGGAGACUGGAAGAGAACAAAAGGUAACCAGAAAUUCUUACCGACCAGCUGGCUCUGACCUUCAGCCUUUAACACAAACCCACCUGCAGCACAGUUGGGGUUUUUUACAGCAGAGAAUUCCACACAGCACAGAGCACAACAAACCCAGCCUGUGGUUCUCCUGGUGACACCGGGAACGAUGAGCCAGCGCCAACCUGUUGUCCCAGUGGAACAAAACCAAACCUGAAGGAAAAGACUGUUGCGAUGAAGCUGUCCCCUCCACCGACCCAAACCUGAGGAGCAGCAAAACUCCACUGCGGGACGGCUGCUACACCUGACACCGUGACUCUAGUGACAUUGGGUCAAGGAAUUGCUGUCGUGGACUUAACAACUCCACAUCACUACAGACCUCCAAGAAGAGGGGUGGCUGGAUGCUGCUGGCCAGGGACGGAGACGGGUCUGCUUCCAGACCCCAGUGCUCGCCUCGUACAGGAUUAAAUCCUCGUCUGCUGGAGCGGUAAUGGCUCAUUCGAGCGAUGUAUGGGGGAUGCACACACAGCCCAAAGUGGUUUGAGGAAGCAAACUCGGUGCCCUGACUACUGAGACGGGAAUAAACAGUGGCUCGAACAUGACGUUCCUUCCCAAGCACGAAGCAGCUACGUGAGGUCAAUGACGCCUGGACGAGGCUAAACUUUCUCUGCCCUGGAUUUUUGGAUAUACGUGAGGGAAAGCAUCUCAAGAGGAAAAGCUUUCUGCUCCUGCAAGCUAACAAGAUUUGCUUUUGCUUUACCGACUCUGUUUCAAUGGAAACACAGAAAACCUGCCUGUGGUGAGACAAUAAACACGUCCAGGGGGAACUGGGAGAGCAGAGCGGACAGAGCAGGGAGCUCUGCAGGUAUUUGCUGCUCACUGGUGUGGAUGCAGCAUCCCAUCUCCUGCCCCUUCCCACACACAGUUUGCUGGCUAUACCUCUCUCCAGUGAGUCGCAGAGCUUUGCUGCUCCCCCCUCUCCACUUUUCUUGCAAUAGAGAACAGCAGUGGGUGAAGAGCAGCAGGAGCACCGGGACAGGCGCACACCCACAGCAGCAGAUGCCCAAGGUCCAGCAAAAGGCUCCCUGGUUCUGUGCCAGCUGGAAAACCUGCCCUGGCAGGUGGAAAGUCCAGAGAAAAGGACUACAUCCUGGAAGGCACACCUGGGCACCCCAGGGAACAUGGAAAACCCAAAUGCUUCGGCUUAUUUUUUAUCUCCGAUAGACUGAGGAUGCAUUGGAAGAUAAUGGCAUAGCUCACAUCAGAACAAACUGCAACACAGUUCAUGGAAUGGUUUGGGUUGGAAGAGACCUCAAAGCCCAUCCAGUCUCACCCCCUGCCAUGGGCAGGGACACCUCCCACUGGAUCAGGGGCUCCAAGCCCCAUCCAACCUGGCCCAGAACCCCUCCAGGGAUGGGGCAGCCACCACUGCUCUGGGCAACCUGUCCUUUCUCAGUGAUGUCUACACGUUUGCUGCAACGUGAUGGGUUUGUGGGAACAAUUCCUCCUGCUCUCUGAGAGCAUGGCAAGGUGGAGCCACCGCACCGGGGGCUUCACAUGAUGGUUGCUCACUGGACUAACUGAAACUCAUCAAAACCUGAGCUUCUUCACCCUUGGCACAAUGUGCCCAGUCUCCCUAGGGAGCUGGUCCUCACUUCUCUGGGGAAGCAUCGGAACCACUUUACACUCGUGUGGAAGAACUGAAGCGGGAGAAGAGACAGCAGCGUGCCACGCUCACCUUGCAGCAUCAACUCCUUCUCGUUUCUGAACGCAUCAGACCAUGUGCCAGAUUCUUCCCCUCCUCAAACUACAACAGCAAAACAGCCAAGACACCCGGUUGCUUUCUGCACGCGACACGCCGGAGAAACCAAAAGCUUCUGGACUCCAGGUUUCUUUCCGGGGGAAUGUUUUAUUGCAAAGGGCAUUUUUUUUAACGUACUCUGUGAUUUGCAAAAGGUCACUGCACUGCCUAGGUAUUUUGUGUUAGAUUAGUUCCUCCCUUUCCUCCACCUUCCAUUAGGAAAGGGAAUUCAAACCAUUUGAAUACUUUCCAGAUAUCUUCCCUUAGAAAGAACGAUUAAUAUUAAACAGAAUCCGCUUUGCAGCCCGUUCCACACCCAGCGCUCGCAGCAGUGACUGAGCCGCACGCAGCACCCGCCUGAGACACAGAUGACCUUACUAUAGCACAGCGGAUGCUGGUGGGGGGAUCCAGGCACCCUACUUAAAUGAUAAGGACGGAUUUUGCCAAAAUAGCCUUGAAAUGAUACUUAAACAUCCUGAAACUCUAGUUAAAAAAGUCAGGGCCACGCAGCAAAGCACAGAAACCACUCUAUGAUCUCCUGCCCGGGUCUAAGUGACCCCCGGGUUUUCUACAAGCCUGGAAUGGGCUUUGUUUGCCAAAGCUGAAUGAACAUUUUCUAGGGCACCAGAAGGCAGACCAGGCUUCUGGGCUCAGUCAGAAAGCACCUCCUGUUCAUCAUCAUCAUAGCAUGCUGAGAGCCUGGGGAGAGGAGGCUUAGGCAUAGUUUUCCUGAAAUCAAGUGAGAAACACAACCAAGUCACUGCCCAGAAUCAGAAGACAAAACCUAUUCAGUGGCUUUGGAAAAUGCUACAGAGCAACAGAGACGGAGGGAAGCAUUCCCUCCAUGGCCACCUUUGCCAGCUCUUAAAGCCUUUUCUCCAGGAGCAGUUACAGACGUAGCUCUCGAUUGCAAAUACAAGACCCAAAAUUCCUCUAGGAGUGAGAUCAGGAUUCCCCUUGCUGACAGGGAAUCGCUUUUGUUCCCUGUCUUACACGAGAUGAGACUCGAAAAGCCAAGGCUGUAUUUGCCCACAUCACUGCAGGUGAGUGGAGUUAAUGCAUUUCAAUACCUUUGCUUGUUGAAGUGGGCUUGCAGACACUCCGCAGCAGCGCGUACAGUCGCAGGUCUCUGGUGAUCGAAGGCCAUGUAUAAAAUCAGCACCAGUGAUGUUUUUUCGGGCACAGGGAGCCUACCUUCUAUUUUCUUCCAGUUGACUCAGAUGCUUCUUCCCAGAUUGAUGUGAAACGCUUGGACAAUGCACAUCUCUAAACUUCCUUACGGGUGCGCAUUCGGUUACCGAUUUGGAAAAUAACUGCAUUUUAAAGGUCAAGGAACAGUGUUCAGACACCGUUCUCCUCGAUGGCUGGAUUCAAAGUUUAAAUGCGUUUUGCAUCACAGAUGGAAAAAGAUAUUAAGAGCUCUCUCUGCUUUCCUUUGGGUUUUCAUGCCUCGAGUCAGAGUUCUAAAAUUACCUUGAGUAAAAGCAAGGUUUGCAGCCCGUGAUGUGCCAAAGGCAUGACCGCCCCUGCCAACGCUUCGCUAGCAAAGCUGUUUCAACUGGAAGUCUUCCUUCUACUCCAUGUUUGCAAGCAUAGAAAUGCCCCCACCCUUGGCUGGUUGUUAGAGGGGCAAGAGUUGUGUUGAUGAGCUAAAAAGAAGGUUGAAAGGCUGCAGAAAGGAAUUCCUAUGGGUAAAAAAAGGGGUCUGCAGUAAGCCUGGUUGGAAUUGGUGGGGUAAAGGCGUGCUGCGUGCAACCCACCUGCAGUUAAGACACAACAGACUUGGUGACCAGAGGUGACAAUGCUCACCUUAACUGAGCUGGUCCGUAUUUAGGGAAGAGUUAGGUUUUAAAAGGAGACAGAAUAAUGUACAGUAAAGGGCCUACGUGUUUGUCUCGCUGUCUGAAUAACCGCCACACUGUUUAACCCCGUUCAUCUGCCUUGGGCACAGACACCAGGACACAGUGCAGGAGCAUCCAGGAGAAUGCAGCUUGCUUUGGCAGCUGCCCCCAAGAGCUGGUGUGCCCACUGUGCCUGGCUGCAGCUCCAAUUAUUUGUAUACCUCAUUUUUUUUUGUCCCCUCCACCUCCUUUUUAUCUUUUUUUUUUUUUUUUAAGAACCAGAGCUUAGUGCACUCUAUCACGUUCAGGUUAUUUUUUGUUGUAACUGUGCAAUGAAGAGCAAUUACCCGGGGCGUGCGUUUCCCACCUGCUCCCACGCCGGCUCCUCUGCUUCGUUUAGCACUUGCACUACUGAUUGCUGAGCUAAAGGGCACGGGAGGCCAGAGUGCUUCUCUGGAGGGAGGGAUGGUUUGGCUGGACAGGAGGUACCCCUCUUCCAUCUCUCCUCUUAAGAAGCAUGUGCAUAAACAGUGCUCCACAGGCUGCCUUUGUUUGCAGCUCUGCUCCCCUAACAGCUCGGCAAGGAGACGAGCAUCUCGGAUGCAAGGAGCUGAGGACAGCACUGCUGCUCUCUGAGGAGCAGAAAACCCUCAUUAAAACUUUUGCCUGGAUUGCGGAAGGCCAGAGAGAGCCUCCAAAGCAGGCAGAAAGGGUGUCUCUCUGGCAGAAGGGCAGCUGUAGAACACUGAUCCAGUUUCCUAGCAGGAUUGCUGUCUGUAUAUACCUGCUAGAUCCCAGCACUCGCUAAACAAAGGGAACUUUGCCCUAAUGCUUGCAGUGAGAACCGUGAAGCGAUGCUUGAUGCCAGAGAGCCUCUGGAUGGAGCAGCACCCCUCCCUGCACCCAGCCGGCCAGGGACCCUGGCAGCGGAUGCCUCGGAAUGUUAGCACUUUGAAGUUGGUGGCCUUGUUGUUUUAAAAGGGCUUGAUCUUUUCAUGCAGUUUAAACUAAAUAAAUAAUCUUCCCCAUCAUGUUGUCCUACUCCCCACCUCAAAAUUAAGCGAUGAACGAGCACCUGGAUCAUUUAAGAUACUGUCUAGGACUCAAGAAUCUGUCAUUAAUCUCAGUUUAUACCUCAGAUGUAAAAAUAUCUAAAUAUGUCUUAAUAACAACGCUUGGUAAAGUAGCAGCUUCAAGUCUGAACUGAACUUUGUCCUUGAAUUUGAUUACUAACGGCACCGGGAAAACCCAAACCCACAUAAGCACAGAGAAAAGCACCGAGGAAUUUUUUAGAAGCACCCAAACUAAAGCAUUUGUCCUAUCAAAAAAAGGCAGGAUUUAUAUUCCUGUACCUUACAAAUCUUUAAACACAGCCUAUGCCCUUUAAGGUGUGUUAGCUCCCCCGAAAAGUACGAGGGGGCAGAAUACAAAUAUGCACUGGCAAAGAAAAUUUACACAGAAGGGUCCAAGACGGUUACAGAUCUGAGGCAGCGAGAGAUGCACCCAGAAGGACUCGGCCAGGUUCUAACCACAGCCUUUGUCCCCUGGCUGCUGCUUCAGGUGGCCAAGAGGAGUAUCUGGACAGGGGUGCAUCUCGCAAGAGUGACAGAGCCACACAAGGGCACAAAUCUGUGCUACUUCACUUUUUCCAUCCUAAAGUCCCCAACCAGCUGUGCUGUGAGUUACGCAAACAAGAGAAUCCCAUUAGACUGGGAAAUUGUCACAACUUCAUUACCCACCAGCUAAUUGCUAUGAGGAGCUUAGCCUUCAAUCUCUAACGAAACAAGACAUCUCACCGUUUGUGUAGCACACGUCAACCUUAGGUCUUUCUGUGUGUCUGUUCCCUAAGGGGAAAAGAAGAGUUAGGUGCAGAACUUGUGCAGUACACACUCACCCUGAGUAGCUUUGCACUUUUGGAAGCCGGGAUGUAAUUAUAUUAGAGAAGAAAUCCGUCUGCCUUCACUAACCCACUCGUAUUUUGUGAUAAACUUUGCUUUGAUGACAGAUUCGUUAAGUUUAACAACUCCACCUUAAAAAUCAAUGUCACAGAGGGGUGAACUGGGGGUCCUCUAAGCCCCGGUUCAUGUUCAAGACAAGGGGAUAGGCUUGUGAUGGAUACUCGAGAAGGGUAAUAGAUUUAAAAAGCAAACGGUGAUUUUCUACCUGUGUUAUGUACUGUUUUAUAUGUGUGUGGUCUUUCUUAAUGUAAAACUCUUGUAUUUUUGUGGUUUCUAUGCAGCAGGACUGAUGGCUGUGAGGCUGCACGCUAUUUUGUAAAAUAUUCUUAGCCGGUUUUCCCAAGGAGGGAAAAAAACCCUGAAGUAUUCACAUUUUCAUUGGCUUGUACCUGCAUGUACAAUAUUGGGGCAGUAAGUGAAGAUGAUUAAAGCCAGCUUGAAAACUAUUCUUUGCUUGAGUUGAGCUUCUCAAAGCAUCCAGUCCAAAACCACAUGUGCAGCUUAAAGCAGCAGCCAACCUUUCCUUCCCAUUGUCCCCAAUACGCUGGGGAGGAGGGGAAGAGGGAGAAACCCUCUUUUUUUCUGAAAAGAGCAGGUUUUGACUCGAGAAAAGAAAUACUAGGAUAAGUAAAGCAGAGGCCCAUCAACUCAAGGCUCCCGCUGAGCUCCCCCCUGCACUGCACAAGCCUAAUGAAAACUGGCCUUUGUUUAGGCGACUCCCAAAGCCCCCCAGCCUGUCGUAUUCUCACUGUUACCACUUUUUGUAAAAGCUUAACAUUCACCUUUCGAAUAGACCUCGGUCAGGUUUUGUUGAAUGUUCAUGUAAAGCCGCCGUCCUAAUAAUUCCAGUUCUCCCUGCAGCCAGAGCUGCCAGAAUGCUGCGUUCACCCACACCCCUCAGCUGUGAGUCUCUUGUAUAUAAAAGUGUCAACUGACCUGAUUCUGCCUCUGCCGAGCCUGGUUCUUUGCAUGCCGAUAGUCCUUAGCAAACACCGUUCUGCGCCUGAC